CUUUCUUUUCCCAUCUCUUUGCCCACCACUGGUGUGAACGCACGACUACGGAGUCUUACUGAGUGACCAGUCCUAUCUCUAAUAUCAGUCCUCUAUCCUCAUCCUUCAUUACACCCAAUCCCUAGUCCUACCUCCAAUGAGGACGCGUCUCAAAUAAUCCCUUCACCUGUCGGUGCAGCUUUCCCUCAGCUUGCUGCUCUUCCAAAACUUCGCCUCCAAUUCCUAGAUCAUCAACUCCAACCCUCAGCUAUCCCUGUUCUCCUUUGACCCCUCCCAACUGGACUCACAAUGAGCACCGCCCCAGAAACACCCGAGCCUGGAGAUGGUGUAGAUCACCAAGGCGAGGAUCUUGCAGAAAGCGAGGCUGAGGAGGAUAUCCAGAAUGAUACCACCAUGCAAGAUGAUGGAGAGGAAGAGGAAGAGGGAUCCUCCACGCGGCCGUUUCACAUGAACGGCAAGCAGUACGCAACGCCCGACGUGGCUACGGAUUACAGCGUCUUCAACAACCCCCCAGACGUGGACAAUAUGCGCCAACGCAUCUUUGCCGUCGAGGAGCCAAUCGAGCUGUCCGUCGCUGACUUUGACCUGUACUUUCCCUUUUGUGACAAUGUUUGGCGCAAGAUGAGGGCGGCAGAGCCUCAGCCAGAAGGGAGUCCUCGUGUGGAUUACUACGCUUGCCGAUUGAGACGGGGUCCCUCUCAAAAAGCCCAUGUGUCUCGACCCACACCGGAAGGGAAACAGUCUCGGAAGAAGAGAGUUCGGGACGAAAAGACCUGCGGCAUGACCAUGAAGGUCACUUACAACCCCGGUCCUGCGAAUACGUGCAUCAUCACCAGAGCUGUUGAUGGCUUUCAAAAACAUACCCACACCCUAGACUAUGUCGACUCGACUAAGCGCAACAGUGGAAUCAUGGACACGGCGCGCAGAGAGGCAACCAAAGGCUUUCUCCCUGCUUCCAUUUACUGGAAAAUGUGGGAGGAGCCCGAAAAGAUGAAUGCAGCAGGAGGAAAGUUCAUGAAGGUUUCCGAUGUGCGAAAUGUUCAAUAUGCCUGGAGACAAGAGAAUCAACAAAUGGUUCUAAAAGCUCACACGGGCUUCAACACUACCAGAGCUCCUCGACAACGCCCUCAAACCCCCUCAGCGCCUAUUCAACCCCCUCCUCCGGUCCAACCAGGAGUGUUUGGACGACUCGAGCCAAACAAAUUCGACUUUCCACCUCAGGAUCGGCCCCCGGUGCCUAUGGAGACUCUUCAAUAUCCCGACCUGGCCAGAGGAUUUCUCGAACCAUAUCUGCCCGACCACAAAUUACCUCGAACCCGACCGCAUAUUACCUUGACCUGGGCGAGUAGCCUCGACAGUAAAAUCUCGCUCCUUCCUGGCUUGCAAACCAUCAUCUCUGGACCCGAGACCAAAGCCAUGACGCAUUAUCUGCGGCACCGACAUGACGCGAUUCUGGUGGGGGUGUCAACUGCCAUUGCUGAUGACCCUUCAUUGAAUUGCCGCCUCGCCAACCCAGCCGGAUUUGGUGGCUUUUCUUGGGAGUAUCAGCCUCGUCCUAUCAUUAUUGAUCCUCAAGCCCGGCUUCAGAUUCGACCAGACAUGAAAGUGCUCAGGAAUGCGGCCGAAGGAAAAGGCAAGGCGCCAUGGGUGGUCGUUGCGCCAGGAGCCAUGCUCCAUCCGGUGGCGGUUAGUACAUUGAAAGCGCAUGGUGGUGAGUACUUGAUGAUCAAUGACUACCACCCCACGCAUGGAGGAUUGAACUGGGAAGGCAUCUUCAACGUGCUGUUCCGGGAAGGCAUCAAAAGCAUCAUGAUCGAAGGAGGUGGAGUUGUCCUCUCAGAAUUGCUCAAGAUCGGAUAUGCGCACCUCGUUGAUUCGGUCAUCCUGACGAUCGCGCCAGCGUUCUUUGGUAAGGCAGGAGUUCCAGUCUCGCCCGAUCCGACGUUUGACCCAACGGGAAAACCGAUUGCCACGAGAUUGCGAAAUAUCAAAUGGCAACCACUCGGCGAAGUCGACGUGGUUCUAUGUGGACAGAUGGGAGUGGAUCGACCGACCAAUGGCAUCUUACCAGGAAUUGAGGAAUUUUCUCAAUCAGGUCCAGAAGGCCAAAUUCCCCGGCCCUCCGGCACACCGUCGCAGCCCCUCGUCAUCGUCAACACAACACCUGGUCAAGCUCCUAAUGCACCACCGUCACAAUCCGCGAGCUCCAAUUCUCCUUCCAAGGUUUCUGGCUAGGCGAUCAUUGAUGAGCUUGGUCAAGAAGAAGGAUCACAUGUUAGUGACGAACCGCGAAUGUGAAACACGACUAUUCUUCCCAAGGACCAAAGACGUCAAAUUGACGAUGGAAAGCGAGAGGGAAACAAUGCCAAUCUCCCCGCGAAAGCACAAAAUGACGACCGUUGAGCUAUGCUUACUCUAAUGAUGAUUUCGGUGGUGAAAGUCUUGGCCGCGCUGAACAUGGCUGGGCUCAACUGGCCCGCGAUGCGGCCCCCUUGGGCCACUUUGCGGCAGAUGACGAGCAAACAUUCAUAAUUUCAGUUUCUCGGGUAUGAGACUGUCUGGUUACGUGCGCAUUGGGCCCGCGACAGGGAGAAUAGAACAGAGCGAGCUGGGGAGUGGAAGAAAGAAGAGCAUGCGCAAAUGGAAGGCAAUCAAGUCAGACAUGGGGCGCGCGAAUGUAAUCACUGGCAGCAAAUCACAGUACACCAUGAAUUGAUGAUGAAUUGAAAUCUGGCGCGCAGGCAGGCAGGCGGCAUGAAGUGGGCUGGAAAACAAACAAAUGAGCUGAUUGAUGAGAGAAUGGUUUUGAAAGGAAACGCGGAAAUGCUGCGAGGCCAUACUGCGUGAGGCGCGAAGCGAUGAGCUGAUUAGGUCGAUAAACACAAAGAACUGAAAGUAUGCAUCCAUAACGUGUGUGUCUAUGUGGAUGUGAUGUGAUGUGAUGUGUGAUUUCGAUAAGUGAAUCGAGAAGGGAAUAGGUCGUAGGAAGUGAUGAUAUGAUGGGAAAGAAAGAGAGGGGAGGAGCAGAGGAAGCAGGAGGAGAAGAGAGAGAGG